AUGGCGGCGGAGUCCGGACGCUCGUGGACUCAAGCGCGCAGCGUCUAUGGUGCCAGCGAAGCUUUGCGGCGAGGCGCAGGCCGCCGGCAGGACCCGGGAUCGCAGACCAAUGGGCCAAUAGUCUCGGAGGACAUCCGCGCCCCAGGCCGACUGGCUCGCCUGCGGGGACAACUCCGGGCCGAGGCAGCGGCGGCGCGGGCCGAGGCGCCGCGGCUGCUGCGGGUGGUGGAGCGCGCGGGCGCUGGCGCGACGGGGAUCAGCGAGAGGACGGAUGCGCGCAGCAGUGGCUCGGUGUGCUCCGUGUGCGGGGAGCCCCGCGGCGGGGCCACCUACCCCGCGGGCGUGCUCGAGGUGAGCGAGCGGCGGCUGCAGGAAGGCCUGGCGGCCGUGCGCGCCGAGCUGGGCGUGGGGCUCGAGGCGCUGCGCGCGGAGCUUCGGGCCGAGCUGGACGCCCUGCGCGCGCUGCUGCCACCGCAGCCCCCGCCGCCGGCCCCGCGCCGCGAGCCCCGGGCGGCUCCCCGCGCCGCGCACCGCGGCCCCUCCCUGCUACGGGCUCUAGGCACGGUCAACGCUUUCGUGGCAGCCACGAAACCUGCGGACGACACCCUUGAUGACCCUGCCGACGGCGGCGCCAAUCGAAUCCCAGCACGCAAGAACCAUAAGAAAACUCCAGUGCCACCUGGAGCCCAGCAAGGUGGAGGAGAUUGA